AAAUUCAAUCCAAAAUUGUUUCACGUUGUAUUUUUCAUUGAUGGUAUUUACUAUUUUUGAGGUUGUUUUAAAAAAAUAUAAUUGAUUACUGGAAUCUAAUAAAAUUUUGUAGAUAGUUUGUCAUGAUUUCCCAAUUCGUAAUAUUUAAAUAUGUUGAAUUUACUUACAUCAUAAAUGGACGAGACCAAACAAAUUGAAUACGAGGACAAGGCUGAUGAAGAAAGAUGUGAAUUUUCCCAAAAUAAGGUUUCUUCAAACAUAAUUCUCUUAGAACACCUAACCAUCCACAUCAUAAAUGGACGAGACCAAACAAAUUGAAUACGAGGACAAGGCUGAUGAAAAAAGAUGUGAAUUUUCCCAAAAUGGUGUUUCUUCAAACAUAGUUCUUUUAGAACACCUAACGAUCCUAGAUUUGAGUAACAGGGAUCUCACAGCUAUUGAUGAAAAUGUGAAAAUACCUAAAAAUCUAGCCGAAAUUAAUCUUUCACACAACAAACUAAGUGAAGUGCCAAUUCCAGUAUUAAAUCUAGAAAACUUGAAAGUUUUGGAUCUGUCGCACAAUAACAUAAUCUAUUUCGACGAUAUACCUAAAUUUUGCCAUACAAUAAAGUCAGUAAAUUUAUCCAAUAACGAUUUACAUGGCCCUCCAUACUGGGUUUGGUCAAAAGCAACAGCACAUUUAAAUGAAAUUAAUUUAAGUUGCAAUGUUCAAAUAACGAAAUCUUUCCAUGAUGGCUAUUACGAAGAAAUGCUCCAGUACAAAACUGUAGUUACCAAUGUAAUAAUUUAUAACUGUAAAUUAACUGAUCAUACUGAAUUCAUUGGUACCUUUCCGAAUGUGAAGUCCCUAACGUUAGGGACAAGUGAUAUUAGCUUGUACAGUUUAAACCAAUUAGAAGAUGUGCCUUGUAGUGGAAUGGAAAAGUGCUGUGAUAUAGAAUAUUUAAAUUUAAGUAACACAAAUGUUUAUAAUGUAAACUUGAAUAUACAAUUAUAUAGACUUCUGAAGGAGAUUAAUCUCUCGUAUAACAAGUUAGAUAGUCUGCCUGAAGAGUUUUGUUUAUUAGAAAACUUGGAAAUAUGCAUUCUGUCCUACAACUGCAUAAUCAGCUUGCCAGAAAGUUUUUGUAAUCUGAGCAAAAUAACAAGCUUUUCUGCAGACUAUAACAAACUUUGCAUCCUACCUACUGAAAUAUGUAAAUUACCAAAUAUUAGAAGAUUGGACGUGUAUAACAAUUACUUAAAGGAAAUACCAGAUGGUUUUGAACACUUAUUAGAAGUUGACUUGGGACAAAACUACUUUGAAGAACCUAAUGAUGAGGAGUACUUAAAGAAAAGAAAAAUAGUCAGAGCUACUAAUGACUACAGAAUUGAUGGCAGAAAAGAGGAAGAACUAACAUCUGAUAGUGAGCAUUCUAAAGAUAUGACUGACGAUGAACUAUUGUUCAGCUCAACAAAGGAUGAAGAUGUGAAAGUCAGCUCUAGCUCAGAAGAAGACUGGGACUCGGACGAUUAUUGGGUCCCUCAUGAGUCACGUGACAGUGGAUCAGUAUCAACUCGAUUACAGUGGAUGUACUAUGUCAAGAAAAAAAUGGAAGAAGGGAACUUUUGUCCCAUAGAUGCCCAUGUCGUACCAAUGGCUGACCAAAUAAGAUAUGCAAGAAAAAUUAACCCAAAAGUGGAACAUGAAUCUGAUGGACAAUUUGAUGAUUUAUCUGAUGAUGACAGUUGAGGGUUUAUUUUAAGCUUUCUAGAGAUAUAUAUAAAUCAGUGAUCAGUAGGUUGAUUCCGGAAAACCUACAUAAAUCAUUAUUACAAUCGCAAUUGUUGUGAUUGGCUGUAAUACAACAUAGACAUUGUCUGUAAAAGUGUCUUGUGCGGUUUCGUUGAAUGAGUAAACAGGGUUGUAAUUCUAUGGAGUAAAAUCUGUGAUACCGCGUACAGACUGACGCAAGGUAACAUGCAAUGAAAGAAGUUGCCCGCAACCUAACGUCUGCAUCAAUGUUAGAUGCAGAGUCUUACAUUAUAACGGUCUAAAGUUACUAACCUAACUAGAAACUGUCGAGGUGUGACGACAGAAUGCCUCCUUCACAUCUCUCACAUAGUUUUUAUGCCUUCACUAAAAUUAAAACGUAGAUCAGUCCCAAAUAGUAGAAUUCACGCGUGACGACGAGGUCUGAGGUCUGAGGUCAUCUUGCUGAUGGUGCGCUGAAUUCAUGACCUAGCGGCAUAGCCUUCGAAGCUGAUUCGCUGCGCAAGUGAGUUCACCUAUGCAUUCGUUGGACUAUGUAACAAGCAUUCCAAUUCGCGCGCAGAGCGAUCCGCAAUUUGCCCUUUUGGUGGACGGGUUUUUGAGACGCGCGAACACAAACCAAGUAUGGACACAUCUAUAGUGUGUUUCAUCGAAUAGUAUCUAUGGCGUUAUGUUGGCUCCCCUGUCUGUCCAAGUCAUUGGCACCAUAUUUGCAUAAGA